AUGCGUGGGCGAGGCUUGGACGAGGCUUCUGAUGAAGAGGACGAGGUUUCUGAUGAAGAGGAUGAAGCAGACUCUGGCUACGAAAGUCUCUCAGAGGAGGACGUCAGUGACGAGGAAGACGAAGAGACAGAGGGUGAAGAGGAAGACGAGGACACGGAGGGUGAAGAGGAAGACGAGGACACAGAGGGUGAAGAGGAAGACGAGGACACGGAGGGUGAAGAGGAAGACGAGGACACAGAGGGUGAAGAGGAAGACGAGGACACGGAGAGUGAAGAGGAAGACCAGCGUCUUCCUCCAGCGGCCUCCCUCUUUGGAACCCCCCUGCUCCAGCUGUGGAGCCACCUCAACCGCAAGCAGCGAGCAGCAAGCCCUCCUCCUGCGCCCUGUCCCGUCUUUGAAGAGGAGCGUCGUCCAGGGGGGUCCAGGCGCCACAGAGAUGAAGAUGAAGAGGAAGAGCCCAUUUCCAAGAGGCCACGCUUCUCCUACUCUGAGGACAUCAAGGAGGAGCCCACCCCCGCCACCUCUGCUGGGACGUCCGGGGGCUUCGUCCACUUCUUCCAGCAGCGCCACCUGCUCCAAGACUCUGACUCUGACUGA